GCUAGUCACUCCUCUCUCUAGCUGUUGCCAGCAGUCGCAGCGGCGUCGCCGAGGUGUGCGUACACAUAUACCAUCUACACCAUUUUUUCCGCAUUCGGACACAUACAUAUACACAUACCAGUCCGUUUUGGUUGCACAGCUACAACGUUCAAGUUCGCGGCGAUCCGAGUGUGUGAUCCACUGCAAGAAAGAGGAAAAAUUGUGUGAUUUAUUGCGUGAUGUGCGCGACCGACACGAAGAAGCUGAAUGAGUCGAUUAGCUUUUAAGCAGUACACGCCGCUGCCAACAGCAGCAGCUCUCGGCAUGGACUUUUCUAUCGCCAAAGUGACGGCCGAGACGACUGGUCCCGACGAGAGUCGAGCGGAUGUUGCAUCAUCGUCGCCACUGUAUCCUUACUCGUUCAAGGUCAGCCUGGACAAGCAACCACCUCAGCAGCAGCAGCAGCAUACUUGUCCGGCUUGUCCAGCGAUCUUCGGUAGUACUCGCGAGUUGACGACGCACUUGCGUGGCCACAACAGCGCGACGAGUAGCAGCAGCAACGCGGCGACAACCGACGAGGACGAAUCCUAUUCGUGCGGCGUCUGCCACAAAGUUCUGUCCUCCGCGUCGUCCCUCGAUCGCCACAUACUCGUGCACUCGGGCGAACGACCAUUCAAGUGCAAAUACUGCGACAUGGCUUUCACCACCAACGGCAACAUGAACCGACACCUACGCACGGCGCACGGUGGUCCGACAAGUUGCACCGACUCCGAAGCGAGCAGCGAUUCCGAAAGACCGAUGAAAGCCGAGUACAAUAACAACGAAAUUGCCAAGAGAACAUCGCCGGAACUGAAGAGGAAACAUCCCGACGACAGCGACGGCUCGAGGAGGCACAAAGUGCUGCUGAACAAUUCACGAACGGAAAUCGAAGCGACGACGAAUCUCAGUUGCAACGUUUGCGGCAAACGCGACUUCGCCACGGACGCGCAGCUGGAGGCGCACGUGGAGCGCAAUCAUGCGAAAAGUCAGCGAAACAAUUCCGUGGUGGGCUUCAACGACCUGACCUUCAUCGACUUUUCGUCGGGCAAAUUCCCGGCCAUCGCGCGUGCCGUCUGCGAGCAAUCGAUUCACCGACCGGUCAGUGGCGAGACAACGAGGUACCAAUGUUCCAAGUGCCUGCGUGGCUUCCCGUGUCGCUCGGCAUUGGACGCGCACGAGAUCGACUGCGGACAAUUGCCAUUGACCGAGCGCCGCGAUCAUUCUUCCCGCGACGACUUCUUCGCCGGCUUGGAUUUGCAAAACAAAGCCGCGAUGGUCGAGGCUAAAGAGGGCAAAGAUCUGGCCGACAUUCAGAGUAUCAUCUCGGUGACGUCGGGGCCGAUUUUACAAAGCUUUUCGCGGUCGGAUGCCAGCACACCGGACAACUGCAAGAUCAAGCAACAGACGUUCGGCUCGUCGGGAUCUUCGGGUACGCCUUCGUCGGAGUACGCACACGAGGAGGAAGCGCAAGACGCCUUCGCCGCCGAAUUCCGCAAGAUGAAGUUAAAGGGUGAAUUCCCAUGUCGAUUGUGUUCAGCUGUAUUCCCCAAUUUGCGUGCGCUCAAAGGACACAAUCGUCAGCACAUGGACGUGAGGCCUGGUAUGCCGUAUCCAUGCAACAUGUGCCCCUACAGCAGUAUGGAUAAGGCCACAUUGCAGAGGCAUCUCAGAUCGCACAACGGCGAUCGUCCUUAUGAGUGCUCGCUUUGUAAUUAUGCCUUCACUACCAAGGCUAACUGCGAGAGACAUGUGAGAAAUCGCCAUGGUAAAUUGUCGAGGGAGGAGAUCAAGAGUGUACUCAUUUAUCAUCCGAGUGAAGAUUCGACGAAUGACGGCAGCCUCGAGAGAAGUUCUACGUCUUCGGAUGCGCGAAAGAGUUUGGUUUACCAUGAUGAUCCACCGGCUUACGGCGAAAUCCGCAUCAAGGACGAGGCUAAAUUGCGAACGCAGAGUAAUAUACCGGCACUGCAUCCGAUUGGUGAGAGUAUGUUUCCACGACCGAUACAACCUUUGGAAUUAACUUAUGGCAGUAGACUUGACGAGAAACCGAUGGAUGAAGAAGCCGACUCAAGAUCAUCGGAUGGAUGCAGCGUGAAGUUGGUCGAUGAACCCAAGAUUAACGAUGAAGAUGAUGAACCAAAGAAAUCCGAGAUUUCUAAUAUAAAUGGUGAAGAUGCUCCGUUGGAUUUGUCGAUGGACGUCCUGGAUCUCAGUAAGAAAGCAGCAGCCGCGGCUGCAGCCGCAGCAGCCAAGACGACCACCGAACAGCAGCCGAAAGACUUCUACAGCGCGACCAAUCAACUGCUUCUCACGCAAGCGUUACUCAAGGCUAAUGCACAACAGCCAAGUUCGCUAGAAAGUUACUACGCUUCGCAAGCACACAUGCUUUAUAGAAACUUCAGUCUACCGUUGCAGCCAUAUCUUUUUGGACCUCAUCUAUUCGGCCAAGAUUUCAUCAAACAAGAUCGCUUGCAAAAAGAGCUCGUGCGUGGAUUACAAACCAGCGGUGGUAGUUUAGUCGAACCUGGCUAUCCGACUUACCCACAGCCACCGGUGAGGAAUCCCGAGCAAAGCGAUUUUACGCCGCUGAGCAAAUUGCCAAGCAAAAGUCCAAGCGAGAAACAACCAGUCUCGCAGAAUUCCUCGGUCAAGAUGGUUAUUAAGAAUGGUGUCUUGAUUCCGAAGCAAAAGCAACGGAGGUACAGAACUGAAAGGCCGUUCACUUGCGAAUUCUGUACUGCGAGAUUUACUCUAAGAAGUAAUAUGGAGAGACACGUGAAGCAACAACAUCCACAACAUUGGUCCCAAAGACCAAGAGGUGGACAUUCGACGAGAGGCCGACCACCAGCGAAUCCACCAACGUUAGUACAUCAUUGGAAUCAAAACCAACAGUCAUACUCUAGUUUGUUACCAACAGGCCAGAAUCUAAGUCAAGAUUACGGCAAGCACGCAAUCUCGGAUCAAGUGAAGUACGCUAUCUUGGCGCAACAGUUGAAAGGUAACAAGGUUGAGGAUAAUAACGAGUCGGACGAGGACUUGGUUAUCGAUGAGGAAAAGCAUGUUGCUGCCGAGGCUAAGGAGCCGUCGGAGAGAACGUUGAGUUUGUUGAGAGGCAAAUUAGAGGCUAACAUCGAGUCCAAGGCUGUUAACGAUGAGGCGGUCAAAGAUGAGGUGAAGAAAGAACAGUUGGACUGUUUUAAUAAGGAAGAUGAAGAGCCAGUGAAGAUGGAAAUAUGUCCAGACUUCAAGGACGAACAUCUGAUGGGUGAAGAUUUAGCAAGUGUAUCCGAGAUUGUCGACAAUGCGAGUCAGAAUUACUCGCAAUUUCAUCCACGCUACAUGAGCGAUGAGGAAGGCCUUGUCGCCUCGACGAGUGACUGCAAUCAAUCUGGUAGCGAUGAAAAAAGUGACUCUGUGAAUUCUGGUAAUUCAGGACACUCGUCGACGACCUCGAAGAAAAAGAAGAAAAUGAAGAAGAAAAAGAAGAAGAAGUCGGCUUAUUCGAUGGCACCAAAUCGUGUGAUCUGCCCUUACUGCGAGAGACCAUUCCCUUGGACGUCGUCGCUAAGAAGACACAUCCUCACGCACACCGGACAGAAGCCUUAUCAAUGUAUGCAUUGUUCGUUACUGUUCACCACUAAGAGUAACUGUGAUCGUCAUCUGCUAAGAAAACACAAGAACAAAAUCAACAAUAUUAGGAGAACAAGGAGCACAUCGUCGCCGGAAAUCCAAGAACCACCGCCUCCACCACCACCAGUGAGCAUCAUCCCUGUACAGCAACAUCUAGAGGUACAGCAACAAGAGCAACAUCAACGGUUACAGCACGAGUUACAACAAAAACAACAAGAACAACAGCAGCAGCAGAAUAACAGUAAUAACCAAUUUACGAUCAGAAACGUGCCGGAAAGGCCAUACAAGUGCAACCAGUGUCCAAGCUCAACUUUCUCAACGAAGAGCAACCUCAAGAAGCACCGCUCGACGAAGCACGGCCAAUACGUCGUCAUUAGCAAGUCCCGACCCGAAUCGCCUGCAUCAAGCGAACCCCAACUAAGCCCAGCACAAGACGAAUGUCCGCAACAAGACUGCAGUCCAUCGACGCAUCACGAUCAAGAAACCAAAAGUAAUCAUGAUCAGAGUGGCUACGAGAGUCAAUCAUCCGGUGUAUCUGAAUCGACGCCCAUGGAUAUUUCCAAGACAUCGUCUAAUGAUGCUGCAUGUAGGUCACGCAGAACGUCACCGAUAUCAGAAUCGCCCCUGUCGGCAAAUCCAAUCAACGCACCAAAUAACAAUUCUGAGUCGCAGCCGUUCAAGUGUCAUCUUUGCGACAGUGGUUUUGCAGAGAGACAAGAUUGCCUCGAGCACAUCAAGGACAAUCAUGAGCAGUCUUAUGAGAUGCUCGUUGCCAAAGGUGCUUUGGACAUGGACAUUGACAGUUUAGAAGAGCAGAUGCCACCUGCACCACCACCACCACAACCUCAACCCAGCGAUGGCGAAGAGAGACGCGGCAGAUUUCCGGAUUACAGCAACAGAAAGGUCGUGUGCGCGUUCUGCAUGCGUCGCUUCUGGUCGGCGGAAGAUCUACGUCGUCACAUGCGCACUCACACAGGAGAGCGCCCAUUCUCAUGUGACGUGUGUCGUCGUCGCUUCACCCUGAAGCAUAGUAUGCUGCGUCAUCGUAAGAAACACGGCUGUGCGGAUUCUAGUAUGUACGUUGGUACAAGCGGCGACGAAGAUAACAACACACCGCCGACAUUGAUGUCACAGCAGCAAGCAGCGCCACAAGCACCACUACAGGAUCGUGCAUCGCUUCCACAAGUUGCCAGUGUUGCGACUGGUGACGCAGCGCCUAGUCUAGCGAUGAGGUUCAAUUUGGGUAAAUUGUCGGCUGGUAUGUCACCGAUACACGUGGAUGCCAACGAUAAUACGGACAACACGGAUUUGAUCUCGAACCUGUUGGGUAUCAGGGAUAAAAGUAUCAUUGAUAGAGCAUUACAAUCGUCGAUCGACGAUGCGGCAAAGCUCAUUGGUAUCAAAGGCAAUCAUGACUGAAGAGAACCGCGCAUUGUACAUUUGCCGUUAAGAGGGUUCGCGAUAAUUUUUUUCUAUUCGUUUUUCUUUUCGAUUAGUGAUGAUUAUAGUACUUAUAUAUCUCUCUGGCGCACUCUUUAAGUAGCUGCUAUAACUUGGUGCACGUGCUGCUUGUUGGGCGAGCGAUUUUUGUUAUUGUCGCUCGGCUGACAAGACAGAAGUGCUGGUAUACCUACUCCAUAUCUCGCGAGUAGAGUGAGUCUCUUCUCUCUUCAUUCUUCAUUCUUCAUUCUUAUUUCUUCUGUCUUCUGUUUUCUUUCUUUUAUCUUCUUCUAUCUUCUUUCUUCUUUCUUCUUUCUUCUUUCUUAUUUUUUCUUUCUUUUUCUUACUCCCCCCCCCUCUAUUUAUCUAUCUCUUUUUCCUUUUUUAAUGUGAGUGUGUAAAUAGCAUGCAACUUUUUGUUCUCUCUCGUCAGGCACACACUUAAAAAUACAAGACAUUAUGUGCUCCUAGUACUUAAGCUGUAAUUAUAUAUACAAGUAGAGCUGUUUUUCUGCGAUAUAAGCAGCGCCGUAAGAUUUAUUAGUUAUGUAAGUAAAAAAUACAAAUAAACAAGAGGCAGCCCAUGGGGCCUUAUUAACAUGUAGGUCGACGAUGACGACGAGGUGACGAUGAGCGUCGGUCCAUAACCAAAGACAGGCAAUCGAAUGCCUGACACUUUUAUUAAUUGUAUAUCAUUGUCAUUUAUAUUCAUUAAUUAUUAUAUAUUUAAUACUAAUUAAUUUUUUUUCUUUCUUUCAAAUCAAUUUCCGAGUAUGAACAACGAAUUGACGUUUCGCCAUAAAUUAAAGAAUCUUAGACUAAUUGUGUAUAGAUAGCGUGAAAAUGAACUUAUUUUCCUAAGUUUCUUUAUUUAUUAUAUAAUUAAACGAAACUUGCGCGCGAUAUUUUUUUUUUGUUGAUUUGCAUCGGUAUGCCGCAAGAUGCGGAAUUCGUGCUUUAGCAAGAUAAAAAAUGGAUGUAAAUCUGUUUUUUUUUCAUAUAGCGUUGUUUAUUUUUUUUCGUGCGGCUUUCGAUGCUUUACGUUUAAAACGAGUAUACGAAAUGUCGACUAUAGAUUAAAAUGUGUAAUGACAAGUCAUCUUUUGAAAGAUAUAUAAUUUAAAAGAAAAAAUGACAUUCUUUAGGCAAUUGCAGUUGUUUUUGUUUUUUUCUCUGAAAAAUUAGUUUUGUUAUAAAUUUUUUUUUUCUUGAAAUUGUAGUAUGAAUGUUGUAAGACUUAUUUGGAUAACAAGAGAAUAGCGACAAGUAUAAGAAUUUUUGUAUAAAGUGAAUUCAUUAUUUUUAUUCUACAAUAUUGUAACAGUAAGUCAAAAGCAUUUUUCGUAUGAUUACUUAUGUAGCUAUUAAAAAAAUUAAUAUCUAGAGUGAGAAUGUUACCUAAUUCAUUUUCGAAAAAAAAAAUUGUAAAUGUUUCACUUAGAACAAGUGUACUUCCUCCUUUUUAUAGACAUGAGAAUGGCAAACUUAUAGCAAUAUAAAACAACAAAAAACAUAAGAAUUUUCGCAUUUAAUCAACAAUAAAUGAUAAUAAAAAAAUAAUUCAUUGUCUAGAAGUGUAUAAGUAUUUAUUGUGUAUGUAUAGUUCAAAUUAUUGAUAUGAAGUCACAAAAAAAUUGAUUUUCGUUUUUUUCCGUGACUUAACUCUGCAAUUAUGCCAAAUAAAGGCCAGGUGUUCGAUUUUUUAAAUGAGAAAAAAUCGAGCAGAUAAGCUAUGAUAAAUCUAUAUAUUAUAUAUAUUUUAGAUGAAGAUGUUUAGCUGCGUGAUAUAUUUGUCAUUUUUCUCUUUUUCUUGAAGAAAAUUGUACAUUAUAUACUUAAUGACGUACUUAUAAAGUUUGUUAAAACUAUGAAAUUUGCACUUGAAUUUAAAAAAAAAUUGAAAAAAAGUAUCUCCUAUAUUUAAAAAAAUGAUGUAUUAUUUUCUUUGCGCACGUUUUUGAUUGUUUCUACUCUUCUUCUUCAAGUUUUUUUCCGUUCACAGAAAACUUAUGUGAGAUAAGCGUUUAAAAGAAACAAACUGAUUGUGUAUACUGGCGAUUAUCUGUACAUGUAUGACUUGUAUUGACGAUGGAAAUACUUUGAAGUCACAAGUUUGAACUUAAAACCUAUUAAUAUAAAAAUACAU